AUGGAUUUGGCCAAAAGUAAGAUUAUACCUGCAGGCAAAUCAGGCCAAGUCCUGGAAAAAAUCUGCCACCUGAACUUGCUGGCGAGAGAUAUGCUUCUGAAAAGCAAUCUGGAUAAUGAAGGUAUAGAGGAGUAUGUGCUUAGACUGAUUUCUUUAACAGAAGAGCUGAGCGGAUCUCUCAGGCAGCAGCUGAAGAACAUUAUGGAAAGUAUUCAAGACACCUGUCACUUGCUGAGUGCCCUCCACAACAAACACAAGGAAUUGACUGGAAAUCCAGAGCACAAUGGAAUUAUAGAUUGUCUGCAGAAAGUGAAGGAUUAUUUCAUAAAUACAGUCUCACACCUUCAAGAGGCAGAAAAUAAACUUUAUGCUGCUAGCUGUAGACAAGAUGAUGAUUCUCAGAACCAAACUGGCCAAAAUGCUUCUAGAGAAGCAGAUGUGCAUUGUUCGGAAGGAGAAGGAACAGACUCUGUACAAGCGUCUUCCAGUCCCAGUCAGCAAUUCCAAAAAACUCCUUCCUUGAACAACACAGAAAGUCAGAAUGUUAAUCAAACCCAGACAAGUGAAACUAAAACUGUUGAAAAAGAUGCUGCAUCAUUAACUGAAAACACAUCUGACCAAGAGGAGGAUGCUAGCAGAGAACCUCCAAUGAAAAAGGAAGAUGGUGAACACAGACUACUAAUGAACCCUGUUACAGAGAAAAAAGAGUGCAAUGGAAAGGAUAAACUUCACAGAGGUAGCUCUGUUACUGAAAAGCCUCCAGAACUGGCUUUUCAAGAUGCUCUUAUGAACAGUGGGGAAGAGAUUUUGUCUGGGACAUUGAAAGACAUUUGUGGCAGAACCAUCACAAAUCUUUUUGAACAGGAAAAAAAGGAAGUAGCUGGAGAAUCUUCAAAAGGGCUAGAAAGUGAAAAGCACAGACUGAUAGAGAAAAUGGAAGACAGUAAAAUGAAAACAAAUAAGGAGAUUUGUAGAAAUUACCUAAGUACCUUCACAUCUUCAGCACAAAUAUAUGAUCUUACUGCUGGGAAUCCUUCUGUGAGUAAUUCAGAAGUACAAAAAUCUAGGCACUGGAUGAACAAAGAAUUUCUAGUCGAGGAGAGUGGUAAGAAUAAACGUAAAGUAGCUUGUUUUAUUAAGGCUCCUGCAUCUGUUCUGGAGAAUCUGAAGUGUAAGAUAGUGAAUGACACUAGUUCGUUGGUGGUGGAUGAUUCUGAGGAGCUGGUCAGCAACGUCAUAAGCAUCGAAUGUUAUGAUUAUGAAAAAAUUCUUUUCCCCAUCAACAUUGCAAUCCCCUUCACUUCACGCUUCAGAGGAAAUUAUCGGGAGAUUAUGGUGAAGGUGACUGAUGUGAACUUUCAAUCAAACUACUUAACUCCUAUUUCUUUGGAAGGAUACCAAGGAAACCAGGAGGAAAGCUUUGCAGAAGUGAAAAUUUAUCAUCUGGGUGUUUUAUCUGUAUUGUCAUGCUUAAAGAAAGAAACAUUUACUGUUCCAAAGGUAGGACUCUCACAAAAGCUGAGCAUGGAUUCUAGAAUCUCUUUCUGUUACAGUCCAGAAGCAUUCAGUUCUCCAGCACCCAUAGAGUUAAAGAUUCAGCCAAUUGAACCAUCAUUGGUUUCAGCAUUGAAAGCAAGACAUGAUAUGUACCACUCAGUGAUAUCUACUAGUGCACUGGUUCGUGUCCAGCAUCCUUCAGCCCAACCUUUUAACAAUUCAGUCACUAUUACUCUACCUUGUCCUCCAAACCCAGAAAAAAAAAGGCAAGGAUGUGAGACAGAACAUGAAAGAGCCAUUAGUGCUACAGUAAAGAGGGUUGCUGCAGCAUACCAUCCUUGGGCUUUGAGCACUUCUGUGAGAAAAGAUGGGGAGAAUUUCAGAGAUACUUUGAAAUUAUUAGGUCACAGAAACAAAGAAGAGGGGUGGAAGGCGUUUGAUGAUGUUAUUAUCCAGAAUGUACGGAAUGGGCUUGUAUCAUUUGAACUAAAUGAGCAUUUAGAAAGCUUUGUGGUCAUCCGCCUUUCAUUCAUUUUGGAAAACCUGUAUCUACCCCUCUUUGCUCAGGCUCUGGAAGAAGCUCUUUGUAGCACGAUGGCUAAUGUGAUAUUGUAUCGGAAAAGAGAAAACCCAUAUAAAAUAGUAGUUUUGCUGUCUGCAUCCAAGGAAUUGACCUAUGACCUUCAAAAUCUCCGUGAGGAGGGCUAUUUUGGUCCCCCGGAACCUACGCAACAGUUCCCAUUAAAAGAGGGAGAGCAGAUUCAUUUUAGAUUUAUAGGAAAUAUUUUUGCUUCAGAGAAUGGAAAAGAUUUUGGAAAAGUCUACAGACUGAUUUUUCAUUCACAAAGAAAAGCAAGGCUGGAGCUCCAAAUUAAAGAAGUGGAUGAAUUUGGUAACCACAGUUCACCUCAUUACAAAGGAACUGCAGUGUUUUAUAAAAUUACCAGAGAGAUGAUAACCAAGAAAUGGGAACAAUCCUUACCAUUUUUUGAAUAUCAACACCAGUCUCCACUGUGUAAAUUACCACUAACAUUACCAAAGCAUGAAAAAUUGAUCAACCAUCCACGAAGCACAAAAAUAAUUUCUUCUGAUUCAUCAGAGGACCUGUGGGACAACUUGCUGUUUUGGCUUGCAGAAGAGCUUGCAGAAGAUAAUACAUCCUUGUUUGCUUUAUGUUUACCUGUUCGACAGAGCAUACUUCAGCUUGUUAGGCUGAAGUGCCCUGAUAAUUUAACACACCAGAUCUAUGAGCUGCUUUGCUACUGGAAAAAGACCCUUCCAAGGUCAGCUGAUAAACAGCGGCUCCUCUCUCGCUAUUUGCGGAAGAGUGGCAGAAGUGAUCUUUCAGAAGAACUUCGUUUAAAGUGGCAAAAUAAUGUGUUCACUUGA